AAUAACCACGACUUGUGACCACGAGGAAAGUUUUUUUUACAGCGAAAGUUUUUUACAGCAAAGAUGUCCAAUUCAAAAAGAAAUCUCGCAAUCCUUAGUGUCUCAAAUAAAAAAGGCUUGGUUGAAUUUGCAAAAAAGCUACAAAGCUUUGGAUUAGAAUUGAUUGCCUCUGGGGGUACAGCCAAAGCAAUAAGAAAUGGUGGUGUUACAGUUAAGGAUGUUUCUGAGCUAACUGGAGCUCCAGAAAUGCUUGGUGGCAGAGUAAAAACUUUACAUCCUGCAGUGCAUGCAGGCAUUCUUGCAAGGUUGAAUGAUGCUGACAAAGAGGAUAUGAAAAAACAAAACUUUCAAUAUAUCAGCGUGGUUGUAUGUAAUCUAUAUCCAUUUGAAGAAACCAUAUCAGAAGAUGGCGUAACAGUGCCUGAGGCAGUGGAACAAAUUGACAUUGGUGGUGUAACGCUGUUGAGAGCCGCUGCUAAGAAUCAUGCGAGAGUGACUGUGGUUUGUGACCCCUGUGAUUACGACAGAGUUGCAACGGAAAUGUCUUCCAAUCCAAAUGAUGGUGUUCAAGAAGAAACUAGGAAGAUGUUAGCAUUGAAGGCAUUUACCCACACGGCUGAAUACGACAAUGCUAUCUCAGAUUACUUCAGAAAAGAGUACAGUCUUGGAGUGUCGCACAUUCCACUCCGAUAUGGUAUGAAUCCUCACCAGACUCCCGCGCAGCUUUACACGACUGAUACACAGUUGCCUGUAAAAGUGGUCAAUGGGUCGCCCGGAUUCAUCAACCUCUGUGAUGCUUUUAAUUCGUGGCAGCUUGUUAAGGAAUUGAAAGAGGCUUUAGAUCUACCUGCUGCAGCAUCAUUUAAACAUGUCAGUCCAGCGGGAGCUGCCGUUGGUGUUCCUCUAAGCCACGAGCAAGCUAAACUCUGCAUGGUAGAUGAUCUUUAUGACGUUCUAACACCUGUGGCUACAGCUUAUGCUCGAGCACGAGGUGCAGAUCGCAUGUCGUCAUUUGGAGACUGGGUAGCAUUGUCCCAUGAAUGUGAUAAAACUACCGCUAGGAUAUUGUCGAGAGAGGUGUCAGAUGGAAUCAUUGCUCCUGGAUACAGUGACGAGGCUCUGGAGAUACUAAAGAAGAAAAAAGGAGGGAAAUAUUGCGUACUACAGAUCAAUCAAAAUUACGAACCCCCGUUAUCAGAGACACGGACCUUAUUUGGUCUUAAAAUGGAACAGCUCCGAAACAAUGGAAAAAUUGAGAAGAGUAUAUUUCAAAAUGUCAGGUCGAAACGAAAAGAGCUUCCUGAAGAAGCUCUACGUGAUUUAAUUGUUGCGACAGUGGCACUGAAAUACACCCAAUCAAAUUCUGUUUGUUAUGCUAAAGACGGACAGGUUGUUGGAAUUGGUGCUGGCCAACAAUCUCGUAUUCAUUGUACUCGAUUAGCUGGCGAUAAAGCAAAUAAUUGGUGGUUGCGACAACAUCCAAAAGUUCUUGGAAUGAAAUUUAAAGCGGGUGUCAAGAGAGCUGAAAAGUCUAAUAUUAUAGAUGUAUAUGUAAACGGAACAGUUGGUCAGGAUAUGAAACGUAGUGCAUGGGAAUCUAUGUUUGAUGAUCCUCCAUCAGAUUUAACAGCAGAGGAGAGGAAAGAAUGGCUGAAGACUUUGAAGGACGUGUCUCUGAGUUCUGAUGCGUUCUUUCCGUUUCGUGACAACAUAGACCGUGCUGCUCAGAGUGGCGUGGAAUACAUUGCCAGUCCCGCUGGAUCUGUUGCUGACGACGUCGUUGUUGAAGCUGCUAACGAACAUAAUAUUGUCAUGAUUCACACAAACCUACGCCUUUUUCAUCACUGAAACGGCGUUGGA